CUGUCCCCUUUUCUUGGUUCAUUUGGAUGAGAAAAGUCCUCUUUUGCAAGGGGAGAGGAGGACUGACCGGGAUCUAAGAGAUGGGCGAUUUUGCAAAGCUAGACUGGGGCUGAGUGGCUGGCGAAUGAGUAAGCGCGAGAAGAGAACCGCGUGUUUAUAAAGUCAGAGGAGGAUCCAGCGAGAACCGCAACAUAUUGGUUCACGUCCCCUCCCCACCCCAAAAAGUAUAUACAGUAGAGUCUUCUUUCGUUUCGCCCCGUUUUUCGUAAAGAGAGAGAGAGAGAGAGAGAGAGAGAGAGACGCUUUUUUGCAAGCGUCGUGUUUCCUCUUGCAAAGCGCGCAGGGUGGGGGAUAGGUGCGAUUUUUGAAAAGAAAGACAGAAAAAAGUGUUGCUUGAAAUCUGAUCGCGCUUUUGCAAGCCUUGAAUGAAUCGGGUCGGGUUGCGGAGAGGAUUGGGUCCCCCUCCUCGAGGAGAUUCAGGAUGAUGACAUCUUCAGCUAGUCACGACUGAGAGGCUCUGCUGUCAAACUGAGUCAAACUUCUUCUUGCCAUUUUCUCCUCCAUCCUGCUCAGCUCUCUUGGAAAGUGGACCACACCCUUCUCCUCCCUGGAGAGCUGGUAGCCUCUGUAGUCAUGGGGCCUGGCCUAUUACUGGCAUCUCUGUUCUGUGUGUGCUUCUUGCUGCAUGAGGUGGAUUCUCUGAGCCUCACUGAGAACCCUAAGAAACAGAAGGCAGAGCACAUGCUCCGCAUUAAUGAGGUCAAUGCAGAUAACCCAGGAAUCGACACCUCGGAGUAUGUGGAGUUGUAUCACAUAAGUGGCCAGCAGACCUCUCUAGAUGGCUACUCCUUGGUCUUUUACAAUGGCAAGGGCAAUAUGGCCUACAAAGUCCAGGACCUCGGGGGCUUUUCCACCAAUAACCAAGGCUUCUUCCUCUUGGGGUCCUCUACGGUCAUUCCGAAGCCAUCGGUGAUCCUGCCUAACAACACAAUCCAGAACGGGCCAGAUGCUAUUGCACUCUAUUUUGGGGCAAAGAAGCUGCAUGAAGGAAUGACUGUCACCAACGAAGGGCUGGUGGAUGCUUUGGUCCAUAAGUCUAAAAUGAGUGACAGAGCAGAUGAGCUGGUCCGUGUUCUGACCCCAGGUGUGGAGCCUUUCCUGGAGGACCCUUUCUUCAGGACUACAGAUGAGGCACUGGAGAGAUGCCAAGCGACAGAUUCUCAUUGGUUCUUCCAAGCGGGUGCACCUACCCCAGCCAUGGAUAACCACUGCAUCCCUUUUUCUCAACUGAACGAAUCGGCCAUGUUGAUCAACGAGGUUAACAUCGUGUCGUCCCCUGGAGAGUUUGAGUUUGUCGAGCUGCAAGGCCGUCCUUCAACUCAAGUAGAUGGCUUGGUACUGGUGUUGAUUGAGGGGAGCACCCAAGAGAUUUACUUUGUGAUGGAGGUGCAUGGCAAGACAUCCCCUGAUGGGCUGCUUCUCCUUGGCCCAGGCCAGUUCAACUCCUCAGUUGACCUGCCAUUCCCCCAGAACACCAGAAGACCCCUCCUCAGGGCAGGUGCCAAUGCUGUUGCCCUGUACAGAGGGACCCCUGCCAGCUUUGCUGUGGGGGCUGCUGUGUCAGCAACAGACCUCCUGGAUGCCUUGGUGUACUCUACAGCUGAAAGUGCCGAUUUGAAACUGCAAGAUGUCUUGACUCCCGGGAAGCCCCUCUUCCAUGCAAGAGAGAGGUCCCAGCAAAAUGAUACAUCUGUGAACCGCUGUGUCUGUUGUUCCGUUGCCCGGGAUCCCUCCGUUUAUGCUCUCGGCAAGCCCACGCCUGGGCAAUUCAAUGACUGUCCCAAGAGACGCUUUGGGCAAACCAUUUCCUUCUGCCUUCAAGUUGCAGAUUGUCAGGAAGAGUCCCUGGAGAAAAGCAAGGUACAGAUGUUUUUGUCCCAAGCCCUGGAUAAACGAUGCAACUGUGGAGUAUCUCCUGCUUAUUUCAAAGAUCCUACUGUAGCCUGUCAGGGCCCACAACUGGUUUUCACUGCUUUCCUGACUGCCAGGUCGACAGAGCAACUCAGCAGCCUGCUGAAGGCCUUCUCGCUUCUCAUUGAGAGCAAGGAGGUGCUGCACUUUGGGAAAUGGAACGGAACGACGGUGAAGGCUUGCUUGAGAGAUGCUAACAUGACAGAUGGGCCUCCAGGUACUCCAGUGGUCGUGCCAGAAAGGACAACCAAAGCAACUCCCUUGACUGAGCUGCUUAUCAACGAAGUGAAUUCAGACAACCCGGGAGGCCGAGAGGACACUGAAUACAUCGAGCUCUUCUACCCCGGGGAAGCACCGUUUGCUCUCCAGGGCUACUGGCUUGUGCUUUACAAUGGGAAGAACAACUUGGCUUACAAGGUGAUAAACCUGUCGGGCUACAGGACCGACGAGCGGGGCUACUUCCUGGUGGGUAGCACUGGGGUGACCCCCAAGCCCCAGAUUGUCCUGCCUGACAAUACCAUCCAGAAUGGACUGGACGCUGUGGCUCUCUACCGCAGCAAUCCCAACGCCACCUACAAAAUGAACAUGCCCCUAACCAAUGUGGGGCUGGUGGAUGCCCUCGUCUACAAGGCCCGGGGCUCAGACAACGCCGACAAGCUGCUUGCUGUUCUUGCCCCAGGCCAGAGGGUCCUGCUUGAAGACGAUUCUCACAGCAGCCAAGACGAGUCCCUCAGCCGAUGUUACAGCCUGCGGCCGAGAGACCACAGCAGCUUCCAGGUGACAGAAAUGACUCCUUCCCAGGAAAAUGCUUGCCCACCUCCUGUCUCAAAUUCCACAGAGGAAACGCCCCAGAACCACUCAGUCGUAAUCAAUGAACUGGGCAUGGCCAACCACACCAUUCUGUACCGAUUCAUUGAGCUGAAAGGGAAUCCUGGUGUCAGCUUGAAAGGGUACACCUUGAUGUUCUUUUCCGGGCACAAUGCCAUACCAUACAGCACUAUUCAUCUGCAGGGCACAUUUGGAAGCAAUGGUUUGUUCCUCAUCUUGCCAGAAGGACAGUCCAAGACUAUCACGCCUCACGAGCAACGAGUGAUGCCCUCUGUUUGGAGCAAUCCCUCCUUGCAACAAGUGACCCAUUCUGUGGCACUCUCCAGGCAUGCUCUGAAUGGCACUAUGGAGGAGCACCUCAAAGAUGUUGCCGUUUAUACAUGGGAGAUGGGUACAAGCCAAGCUCAUCCUCGUCUUUCUGAACCGAUCCACUUUGUAUCUAGGGAAGGAAGCAGACCGCUGUCCUUGAGUCGCUGUCCCUCCUGCGACAAAAUCUAUGCAGUCUCUGACCCCACUCCUGCCUCGGAGAAUCACUGCCCACAGGAAUCUCUCUUCCUGAAUCUUGAAUUCUGCCUGCUGACCCCCAAUUGUUCCAUGUGGCCUCAGAACCCACAGAUGUUGGCAAGUCUCCAGCAAGCAUUAGUGAGAUCUAUGGAGGAGAGCUGCUUCUGUGGCAUCUGUCAAUGCUACCUGCACGGGGUUACGUUCACCUGCCUUAAUUCCACCCUGAAAGUCUCUGGCCAGGUGUGGGCCAGGUCACCUGAGCAGCGCCAGCGCCUCGUUCAGUGGCAUUCUCACUUUUCCACAAGUCCCCACCCCUUUGCUGUGGACGGAAAGCCCCUCAAAGCGAAUGCUGCAUGUGCAUCUCUGGGGAAAACAGCGCAGAGGUCUGAGGCUUCAUUUCAAGCCUGGGAGAUUGCUCUCAUUGUUGUGGGGUCCAUCUUUCUUGUACUGCUGUUAGCUGGAACAGCUUUCUAUUGCAUCAAAAGACGGCCUCAGAAUUACACGACCAUUGAGCUGAACGACCGCUGUGAGUUUAUGGCAGACUUCUGACUCUCCUGGGAACAGCCUUCACCAGGAAAAAGCUAUUUCUGUAACUGAUGAGAAGCAGCAAAAACCUCUGAAAAGCAGCUGUGCUGGUUGUCCAGCAAUUGCACACACGGACCAAGAAUGUAACAUUGGACGUUUGAAAGCCCUGGGUUUAUUUAUUGUUGUUGUUUGUUUACUUCCCAUCCUUACUGGGAGAUGCCUGAAACUUGUGUUUCCAGGACAUUUUCUGCUUUGUCUCCCCACUGCUCUUGUGUAUCUGGUGUGGAAGGGGGUGUUUUGCAGAUUUUCAUAGUGCACAGCCUUGAUUUUGCUUUGUUUUGUGUAUGCAGGGUUAUAAUUCUCUUCCAGCGGUGGCUGGUCCCCAUUGGGACUGGUAAAGCAGAAGGUAGGGAGGGCCAACAGUAGGUGGCGCUAGAACCAAUGGCAUCUUCCAUUUAAAAGAUCAGGUGCUGUGAAAGGCAUCUGCCAAGAACCUGGAGGGCUGCUGCCAGUCAAGAGUAGAAAGUACUGGGCUAGAUGGGCAGAGAGUUUGAUUUUGUAUAUGGCAAGGGCUGUGGGUCAGUGGUAGAGCACAUCUUAGCAUGCAGAAUGUCCCAGUUUCAAUCUCCAGUUAGGGCUGGGCGAGACCCCUGCCUGAAAUCCUGGGGAGUCACUGCCUGCCAGUGUAGACAGUAGUGAACUAGAUGGCCUAAUGAUCUGUCUUGAUAGGCAGCUUCCCAUGGCUGAGUCAGAGGCAAAAAACCCUUAGGAAAGGGUUUAUCUGUUGCAACAUUCAUUCUCCCCUAGAAGCAAACCCAAAGAUGAGUUGGGACACUUGGCACCAAAUGCAUAUCUCCUCCAUCCCUUUUCUUUACCUCCAUAAUUCCCUGCUCUGUAUAGGCCCCUUUUGAGCCACUAGUUUGCACCAGUGUUUUCCUGUUUGUUUGUUUGUAUCUUCAAGAUUUUAUAUGGUGCUUGUAUUCGCCCAUGGGACUGGAGAGAGCGAGGGUCCUGUGUUUUGAUCAGCUACUGCCCUCUGCUGGUCACCCCCAACUACAGAACCUGGUGUUUAUUAUGCUGCAGAAACAUUCUGCUGGUUCAGUAACGACUAACUUCACUGAUGGACGCGGGUGGUGUUGUGGGUUGCCGAUCAGAAGGUCGGUGGUUCGAAUCCCCGUGACGGGGUGAGCUCCCGUUGCUCUGUCCCAGCUCCUGCCAACCUAGCAGUUUGAAAGCACGUCAAAGUGCAAGUAGAUAAAUAGGUACCGCUCCGGCGGGAAGGUAA